ACUUCCGUUUAUUUCAUGCGGAUUGAAUAUAACAUAUUUUUUAAACUUAAAUUUAGAACGAAACAUAAAAGAAAACAAAGAAUGUUUAAAAAGUGAGUAAUUUUUUAACUUUAUAUUUCAAUGGUGAAGCGUACUCAGCUAGUGGUGUCCUGAUUUCCUGUGGCGCCCCUAAUUUUGACCCAAGCCCCAACAAAGUUCCUACUCCGUUACUGGUCUCUGUCUCAGCUGAAGCUGUGUCAGUCAGUGUCAGUUUCUUACAACUUACUGUUACUCACUCAGUCACUGAGUAACUCUAGUCUCGUAGUUAGUAACUUGUAAAUGAAGUAACUGUUACUGUAGGUACAUGACCUGGAAAGUAGAUGAUUUAAGAACGAGUCGACUAGGCACUACGACUAGGCAUAACUAAACUGACAUGAUACUGAAUACUGGGUAUAGGUAGUUCGGUGAGAUUCGGGAAGUGCCGAAAACCGGGUAUCGUGAUUUCGUUGUCAAAAUGGCGACCUCCACUUUUUAAUUUACCGAGAGUCACGUUGUUUACGACUUUUUAACUAUAUAUAGCCCAGCAUGUUAAUUCUAUUUCCGCCCACAACUUAUAGUAGACAUGUUGUGUUAUGAUUAGACACUUGAGUCCCCCCAAAAAUUUUGGGGCUUCACUUUGAAAAUUGAAGGUAAAAUAACGCAAUUUUUACUCAUUCAUAUUUUUUUUGUGGAAAAGGACCUUUCAUAGAAUUUCAAGGACUUUAUAAAUAAUGGCAUUAACUACAACAUAUCCAAGACCUGUUAAUUUAGGACCAUCAGUUUGGUCAGAAAUUUCAUGGGAAAUUUUAGUCACGUGUGUCCCAAAAUUACCUAUUAUCGUUAAUAUUCGUUGCUAUGGUAAAUAACCUGAUUUACUCUGGAAAUCCAGACUAUUACCCCCUAAUAACUUAUUUAGAAAUAAAAAUAAAAUAAUUAAUAAAACAAACACAUAUUUUUAAUAUGAUUUGAUGCUUUUAUUGAGGGAUAUUAGGUUAAAAAAGCCUAAUUAAUUACAAUUAAUAGUUAACUAUUAGUUUUAUAUACUGUUGUUAUAUGUAUACUAUUAACUAUAUAUAUACAUAUAAUAUAUAUACAUAUAUAAUUAUAUAUAUGUGUGUAUGUAUAUAUAGAGGCCUAGAAUAGUAUUACUAUUAUAAGUGUAGGCCUAUCCACCUCCCCCCUCCCCACCAAAUAGUUUUUUGUAGGACCCAUUAUUCAUAUGUAAUGAUAUAUAUGGUGAUUCUUAAGGCAUAAAUUAAGUAAAAGUGUACAAAAAAUAUUCACUUACCUUUGGUAUUGAAAUAUCCUAUAUUAUAUUUAAUCACAUAUCACACUAUUCCAAAAGAGAAUUAUCAGUAUUCUCAAAGAAAAAAACACACUUUCUACCACAAAAAUCCAAGAAUUACAUGAGAUAUUACUAAAAUUUAAUAAUAAAACAUUGUAAUUACCUCAAGCAAAUAACUAGAACUUAUUUAAAAUUCUAUCAACAGCUAAAGUUGAUUCUAAUAAUAAAUGUUGAUCUGUGAAACAACUGUACUAACUUAAAAUAAAUGACAUACUAUUUUUUGUCAUAUUCACACAUUCAUAUGGUAUGGGACUAAAAUACAUUAUAUAGAAAAUGGUAAAAUAAAAAGUUUAAUUGUCAAUUUUAACUUAUUGAAACAAAUAAUCCCUUUAUUAUUAGUAUAUACUUAUAAAUUUUAAACAAUUCCACAGAAAAUUUGAAAUUAAUAUCUUAAGAAUAUUUUAUUAUUAUUAUGAAUUUUGGGAAAUUGAAAAAAAAUAUUUAUACAUAAUUAAUUAAUUAAUUACGAAUAAGUGACGAGUCAGCAUAUUUUAUAUAUUUUUAAUAGGAAAAUAAUAAAGAUUUUUAAAAUAAUUUUUGCGGAAUAUUAACAAAAACUAACUUAUAUUUUGUGGUUUUAUUUAGAAGUACUCUAAUUAAAAUAUGUUCCCUGUAAAUAUUAUAUUUUUGUGUCAUUUUAUAAUAAAGUUAUAGGCCUUAAAAAAAAAUCAAAAUGAGGGUCACGAGAUGUGGAGGAAAAUCCCAUAGUAAAAAAGGGCCUUUGAGGUCCCUACUAAAAAAUUCAUAACUUUUGAACCACUUGAGCUAGAAAGUUGAUCUUGGUGUUUUUGUAAUCUAUUCUCCAGGCUCUAUACAGCUGUAGUGUUUUUAUAUUUUUAAAAAUGUUUUGAAAUUUUAAUCAAAGUGCCUACUGGGUACAAUACUGAGAUAUUAGAAUUAAAUAUUAAUUAAUAAUUACAGCAAACCUGUUUUGUAAAUUUAUGUGCCACUUAUUUCCUUCGGCCGCCAUCUUGGUUGUCAUGGCAGCACGUGUCAUGGCAAUCAAGAUGGUGGCCAUAAAAGAAGAAAAAAGAGUGCACAAACACAUCGGCUUAAAUGGGGAGGGGAAAGAGAGAAUGUGCUGUUUUAGCUACUUACCUUACUCAGCUUUACUGAGAUAAACGAAAAUAGGAACAAAAACAUUAAAAUUUAAUGGUUGUCCCCAUGCCUGGUGUAAUUUCAGCCGGUAUAUUAAUUUUAUUGCGAACUUAACAUAGCAACUUUAUUGUAUCAGUUUAGAUAUGCUGCAAGAAGUGUCAAUGAACUGCAGUUGCUCUCUUUUUUCAACUAAUAUGUGUGUGCUACAGUUGCACACUGUGGUGAGAAAAGUGUAAAAAUGAAGAAAAACUAUACAAAAUAAUUUUAAAAUAAUGAAAUGUAACUUACAGUUUCAUACAAUACACUUUUACACACUAUUUUGCACAUUCCACCCUUCCGUGGAGAACGUGGUAACUUUUUUUGUAUCCCUCUAGAUAUGCGUCAAGUGUCAACAUCCUGCAGUCACUCCCUCCCCCAACUAAAAAAAGUGUUCUGCAAAAUUUAGCCUCAUUUUAAAUAUCGUUUUAAAUAUUAUAAUUAACCACCCAAUGAAAUAUUAAUUUAAAACAUUCCAUCGGCAUAUUUAUAUUUAAAGGAAGAAUAGUUAACUCUAGUUACAAUCCAAGAAUAAACUAAAGGGAGAAAAUCCUACAUAGAAACUCAAAGUGGCGCGCCAAAGUAAAAUUACCCUAUAUUUUAAUCAUUCCUUUAAUAUAACGCCUUUAAAUAUUCAAUAAAUUUCAGAUUAAUUGAUAAAAUGUCUUUUUGGUGAAUUGGACAAUGUACACAUGAAGUUUCGCUACAGAGUUUCUCAUGAGUGACCUUCCCCUUGUUUAGUCGCAUAUUGUUACUGGAGUUAACUAUUCUUUUUUUUAUUUUAAUAUGCCAAUGGAAUGUUUUUGAUUGGUGGCUUUUUAAAAUUAAUAUUAAAUAUUUAAUUAUAAUAUUAAUAAUUCAAUAAGACGCCAUUUUGACAGGGUCAUUGUCUGAUCAUAUUUUAAGUGGAUUUGGACUCUUUUAACAUCUUUUAGAUUUUUAACGGGUGUAAAAGUGUAUUUGAUGAAACUUUAAGUUGGUUUUUCAUUAUUUUGAAUAUUUUAAAAUAAUUUUAAUUGCAAAUUUACAAUUUUCUCAGUAGUGUGAAAAGUCGCAAACAAACUCAUAAGCACACAGUGUUCGGGUUCACAUUAGGUCAAAGAUUUUAGGUUUUAAGAUUUACAUUCUGCUUAGGAAGGACUAAAUUUACGCUUAAGUUAGGGGAACCUAAUUUAGGGGAGAAUUUACGCUUGAGUUUGAGAUACUGAAAUGCAUUCAGAUUAGUUAAAUUUUAGAUUUCAAGGUUUUUCACACAAAAAUUAAUUUGCAUGAUUUUGUGUUAAUUUUUUUAAGUUUUCCAUUUAAAAUGUGUUUAUUUUUAAGCAGGUGUUUUUUUUUUGCACUACACAUGGCCGUCAUGGCAACAAAGACGGCGGUCACGUGAAAAAAAAGCAGUGCAAAAACAUGGUAGAACAUGGGGAAACAUCAAGAAUACAAUUACUGUCAAAUUUAAUGAUUAUUUUUUUUAGCAUAUUAUUCAAAUUAAUUAGGUCUCACUAUUUUGACCUUCUUUACCUUCUCUUCCCCUCUCUCAUCCGAAAUAAUCAACAAAUUCAUACAAUUAAACACUUUGUCAAAACAUGGUAAUCAUCACAUGUGACAUAGACACCAUCAAUAUAUUAUUAGUAACUUUAAAAAUUCAAAGUUUCAUUACCCCCCUCUCUCCCCCCCCCCCCCCCCCCCCCCCCCCCCCCCGCCCCCACAGCUGUUGGGGCUUGUGAAGGGGCCAUCCACCCUGGCAGCCAAACCUUAAGAGGGCACCAAAGUCAUCAUUUUUCAUGCAAAACAUGUGUACUAUAUUUACUAUUAUAUAUUUUGUUUUGGAUAACGUAGCUUUCUGUCUGUUAAACCAGAAUGAUUUUGUAGCAGUGUUUAGUUUUUUUUUGUUUUUUGGUGGGUUGCCAGCUCAAUGCAGAAACCAUACAAACAAGUAUGUAGUCAUUGAACCUGUUAGCCUGGCCUCUUCCUAUUAUGCCCCUCCACCACAUCAAGGUAGGUUCUUGGAAGGGAAAUUGUAUAAUUAGAAAAUACUAAUUCAGACCUGUUUACUCUUACGAUUUUGGAGUACAAUUAACGAUUUUGAGAUGUCUUUUACGAUUGUACGCCUAGACCCGCCAAAACUACGAUUUUCAGAGGCCGGGUGAAAAAAAAAAUUCCGAUAAAUUUUUUUUUCUUUUUUUUUUUCCGUUUGUUGAAGUUUUAGCCUUUUCUAAUAAAAAUCUACUGGUGAAUGGAACCAGAAAAAAGAUAGGUUGUAAUUUUUUUUUUAAAGUUGGGACAUCCUUCAUUAAAUUAUCCAAGCACUGAGAGGGGAGGUGGGGGUUGUUAAUGUAGGACAUUUGCGGCAUACAGGACGCAUGGGUAGUGGGUUGGUCGGAGUGUCAAAGGUUAUAAAAAUAUCACGGCAAUGUAUCGUAUUGAUGGUGAUGAUUGUCAUACUGAUGCUUUGCGUGUCACAGUGAACUAGUUAGCUGCGUCACCGGUAAUAGGUAUACUAGUCGUCCUAGCGACUGCUUCACCACCAUCCCCCUUUGACUGCUAUUCAUCCCACCCCUUUUAUUAAUGGAAAAAAAUCAGGCGACGGCUCAAUUUUUUUCCCCAGUAAUGAGGGGGGUGGUUCUGCCCGGUGGAAAUAAUGACGUCACCAGCACGGAAAGACGCAUUACUGGACUGGGUACCGGAAAUUUGAUCGAAAGAAAUUUCGUCGACUGUAAUUUGAUAGAACGGAAAUUUGAUCGAAACUUUUUUUCAGUUCACACGUUAAAAUUUUCACCAAAUUUCUUUUUGAACGCACUAUAUUUUAUAGUAAAACAAAAUAAUGUGUUCAAAAAGGAAUUUGAAACAAAAUUUACCGUCGGCGAAAUUUCUUUUGAUCAAAUUUCCGGAUACGUACUGGACUACAGUGUGUUGUCACUAUGUCAUGUUCAAUUUUACAACUACAGGGAUAUCUUUAUGAAAAACACAAAGCAUUAGUAGCUUAAAGGGGUAGGCCUAUAUGCUUACUGCGAAAUAUUGUGGUAAUAUUUUUAUAGCCUUAAUAAUAAUAAAAAUAAUAAUAAUAAUAAAAGGCCUAAUUAGAAUUCACUGAUUUCACAGAUUUUCAGAUGACAGUUGGCUUAUAAGAGACUGUCAGGAUAAUUAUUGCAUGCAUAAAUGUAGGUACUGUCUAUUGGAAACCCCCCCCCCCCUCAAUCAAAUCUGUCGUACGCAUCCUCAGCGCGCACGUAAUACGUAAUAGUUAGAUGGCCCUUUGCUUUACGUAAUAGUUGGAUGGCCCUUUGUUUUACGUAAUAGUUAGAUGGCCCUUUGUUUUACUUAAUAGUUAGAUGGUCCUUUGUUUUACGUUAUAGUUAGAUGGCCCUUUGUUUUACAUAAUAGUUAGAUGGUCCUUUGUUUGACGUAAUAGUUAGAUGGCCCUUUGUUUUACGUUGACAAGGUGCGGCUGGUGGGGGGGGGGGGGGUGUAAAAAUAUUUGUGUAAAACGCUUUAAUGUUUAUUUUGCGUACCAGGUAUGUUAUACAUGAAUGUCCCACUUCCCAAACAGCUUUGGGUUCGAAUUUGACUACAUUCUCCUUCUUCUUCUAUAUCUUAAGACAUUGACGGAUGUGCACAUUGCCUGAUUUUAAUGUUAAAAUUAAUGGAAUCAGCUAUACUUUUUAUUUUGGGUGUUACCAUUAAUGGAAUCAGCUAUACUUUUUAUUUUCGGUCCCCUAGUUAAGUUUACUUAGUGAGUAUUUUACGAUAUGGCCUCGACAAAAAGAAAGGCAUGCGAAACCGAUGAUGAAGAAUAAAAUUCUACUUCUACAUCAGCUUCAACAAAAGAUAAAGAAAGUUUAUAUUCUUGCUUGAAUCUAGGACACAAUUUACUGUGUUGCGGUCUUCAUAGAAGGGUCCAUCAUACACGCACUGCACAUUUUGCAAGUCGGACUUUUCAUUAUUAAUAGGAGGCAAAAGGAGUGGGGUGUAUGUCGUGGGUCUAAAUAUUUAAAUCUACACCGCAACCCACAUUUUCGUAAUUUCGGGGGGGGGGGGUGGGGUUUUGCUCCUUCACAGAAAAUACAUGUGGUAUUUAAAAAUACUACAAUAUUCAUCCCAAAACCCUGAAAGUCCUAAAACAGCACAUUUAUAUCUCGAAUGCUGUAAAAUACCAGCCAAUGUUUAGCAGGAAUUUUCGUCGUGAUGUUGUCAAGAUGUAUUUUCAUAAAUGAACUCGCUAGCUAUACCUAAACUCAGUAGUAGAGACAUUGCAGUAAUGUUUAGUGCUCCGAAUGGGCAGCGCGCGUGUGACGUAUAUUUUGGUAGGCUACGCUAGUGGUUCUAAAAUUUUCGUUUCCCUGCACCUAUGCCACACUACGUUUUCACCAGGCUCCCUGUGUUGAAUUCUAACAUGUACAUUUCGAAAUAGCGAAUACACAAAUAAAAUAAAGGUUGGAUAAAAAUAAAUAUAACGUGUAUGUAGGUCACUGAGCACCAUCUGGAACUGCAAACAGCGGUUGCUUAGUGGGUUACAGUUUGCACCACGACGGAAAGUUGUCACACUGGUUUAAAAGUGAAAAUAAAAUAAUUAAUUUUUUUUAAAAUAUUUCGCAACGCCCCGAUGAGGAAGCCCGAGGGCAAUGAGCACCCAGGGCGAUGUGGCGUUUAUUCUGGGAACCACUGGGCUGCCCGAAUCACCAGUGGUGAAAACCUGUGUCAUACUUUGUUUACCAUAACAUCAUAAUAUACAACGGAUUUUUUAAAGUUUGGGGGGGGGGGGGGUGGGCUGGUGUUUAAAAGCCCACUGUAGGUAAACACAAAAAAAGGGGGGGGGGGGCGGAGGGGGCCCCAAUUUUUUACGGGGAUGUUUACCAUAACAUCAUAAUAUACAACGGAUUUUUUAAAGUUUGGGGGGGGGGGGCUGGGCUGGUGUUCUAAAGCUCACUGUAUGUACACACAAAAAAAGGGGGUGGGGGGCUGAGGGGGUCCCAAUUUUUUACCGGGUAAUUCAUUCUUAUUUUAAUACAUUUUAUUUAAUGCUCAUCUGACAUCAAGUUUGAACUUUCACCGGUGACUUUAUUUUGACCUGCGACAGACUGGGAUAAUGUGAUCAGCACGUUCACCCAAAUAUUAAUUAACAUGCAUUAGCCGAUACACGUCUGCAAAACAAAGUGACCGCAGUUAACGGCUAACGUCAGUCAUCUACUGUUUACCUACAGUUCCAUAUUUUGAUGCCUGCUUAACUCGAUUCCACUGAACACGCUAUAAGGAGUAGUUAUUGUAUACAUUAUAUAUACUGUAUUUUUAUUUAUUUACUAUCAAAAUACUGCAUUGUACGAUUUGGAGACGAUAUUGUACGAUUUUAGGAGUUUGGGGGAAAACAGGUCUGCUAAUUUUAUAAAUAAUUUUAACUUUUUUGUUUUCCUAUAGGUUUGAUGACAAAGAGAAUGUCGGAAAUACCAAUAUUGCAAAAUCAUCUGUACAAAAAGGUAUUCGAAAUCAGAUAUUGGAUCAGUUUCAACACAUUGAUGAGUAUUUGGAUCAGAUAAUGCCCAAAAAAGAGCCAUUGAAACUUGUUAAAUGGUUAGUUUUUAAUUUUAUUCAGAUGUUAAAUGUUUAGUGCAGCAUUGUUUAAAAUUAAACCUUAUUGAACUGUAUAUAAAUUAAUGGAGAAGUUAGGCCCCAUAGUGAUAAUAGAAGGUUUGGGGGGGGGGUGGGGUUGGUGGUUUGUCUAAAAGAAAAAUCUCAAAUAUCCUGUUGUUCCAUUUGCCUUUUGCCAACAAAUCAUUUGAAUAAUUUUAAAAACGUAAAUUUUAUGUUAAUUGGGCUAAAGCAAGAUUUUCGUUUUAAAAUAACUUUUAUCAAAUGUUGGAGGGAGCAGUUGUUUGAAUUUCAGGUCAAAAAUUUAUUUAUAGUUAAAGUUUAAUUCAAUUCGUUUGUUUAAUUUCAUUUUAGCCAUGAGCACAUAGAGCUGUUAAGCAACCAAGCUGGUGAAGUACUAUUCUUCAGACAGAGGGAAGGACCCUUGUAUCCAUCACUCAGACUUUUGCAUAAAUGUAAUUAUAAUCCAUAAUCUAAAAGAAUUGGAUUUGAAAUUGAUUAAUAAUAGUUUAGCAGACAUAAUGUUAACAUUUUUUAUAAGUAUUUAAUCUUUAAAUUAAAUACAAAGUUUAAAAAUGUGUAGUUCAGUUACCAUUAUUUAUGAUUUCUGAUUCCGAUACUGUGGUUUAUGAAAAACAUUUUCAGGUUUAACAUACUGUAAUGUAUCCUCAGAUCCCUUUAUUCUUCCACACAUGCAAGUAGAUAAAGGGGCCAUUCGUUUUGUGCUCAGCGGUGCUAAUAUUAUGUGUCCUGGCUUGACAUCACCAGGGGCAAGGAUGACCAAAGUUGAUAAGGACCAGAUUGUUGUAUCCUUUUUAAAAUAUUUUUUAUAUAUAUAUAUAUGGAACAAAUAUUUUGAUUAUGUAACAUUUUAUGCUUUUUGUAGCUUUUUUCUUCUAAAAAUUUAGUUUGUGGUGAAUUACUAAAAGAUUAUUUAUGAGGCAGACCAUGGUACAUGUGUUAACUAAAACUAAUGUCUGGUAGGAAAUAAUCUCUUGAAUCUUGGUUUGAAAUUUGUUUUUUAAAUUAGAUUCUUUUUAUUUUGAUUAGUCUAGUCAUACAAGACUGUCUGGAUUGUUAAUGGUUAGAUGCAUAAAAAAAAGAUCUGAAUCAGCAAAUCUUUGAGUGUUUCUGCUUCAACUAAAAACUAUAUUUUAUGUAAUUUAAAAAUUGACCUUAACUUAAGGAAAGGCUAUUAUGGCAGAAGGAAAACAGCAUGCAUUAGCUGUUGGUCUCACAAAAAUGUCAUCAGAAGAAAUGUAAGUAUUAUGACCAAACCAGGCCUUUUUAACCCUGUAGUUGUCACAACAGCUGUUCAUUGGCCAUAUUACCCCUUUCUGAUGUGUCACGGUCAGCCAGUAAUCGGCCACUAGCAAAAUCAUCGUUAAAAAUGCAUGGCUUGUUUUGUUUUAUUGAUCAGGUGUAAAAUUUGCGUAACUUUUUUGACUGCUGACUGCCAUUAAGUCUGACCCUUGAGAUUGCAAAAUCAACACAGACUUACGUUAUUGAAAUUAUUUCAAAUUAAUUAAAAUGAAAUCAAUGAUUUAAGGGAGAUUUCAUGUGCAGUAUUAGCUCUAGCGGUGAUGGCAACAUAAGAAUAAGAAAUGGCAAUUUGAGCCCUAAGCUUAGUCAUAAUGUUACAGACCCAUUUGUUUGGGAAAGGUUGGAAAUCAAACAGAAAAGACCAAGAUUGGACCCCAAAUACCUACCCUAAAGAGUAAAGAGAUUAAAAAGGCAUUUAUGUUUAUUUAUGUUCUGGAGUCACCCAUUAAUUGAUAAGAAAUGGAUUUAAUAACUUCAACUGAAAAAGAAUUUUUGAACUGAUUUCAUGCUUUCCCUCUUGUAUUUAGUAUGACAGAAAUUUGAAGGCAGUGAAUGAAGAAAAUUCAUCAAUAUUAAAAUUUUUAAGCACCUAUACUUUACAUUUUCUGAAAAUUAUAUUGCUUCUAGUAUCUUAAAAAACUUUAUUUCUGUUGAACAAUUCAUGGAGUAUUAGGUUGGGUUGAAUGCAGAAGUUGAGUCGUAAAAUUUUACUCACUCUGUAAAGGUCAAGCUCAAUAUCAACAUACAUAAUAUAAAAUCAAAUUCUAUUCAUACCAUAAGGUACCUUGUCCAAUGUACUUUCUGAAAAUAUAUACUUUUAAUUUUAAGGGUCUCUGAAUUCUCUGAAGUAUGGGUUUUGUUAUUUUUGACAAGCAUACGAAACUACUAAAAAUGGCUUGAAGCUACAGAAAAAUGCACUUGACAUAGUUUUUUUUUCUUUUUAAACUGCACAAAUAUCAUUAUCAAAUUAUUGAAAGCAAAAUUUCAUUUUAUUUUCAGAUUAUCUAAAAACAAAGGAGUUGGUGUGGAUAAUAUUCACUUCUUGAAUGACGGGCUUUGGUUAAUGAAACCAAUAAAAUAGCAAUUAUCUCUUGACAUUAUUUAUUUUAAACUGUUAUUAACUGUAAAUAUUGUCUGUGAGCUGCUGCUAUUGUCCUUGUGGUGUUAUGAUUGUGCUUGGGUGAAAUUUAAUGUGUUUUUAUGCCUACUUUUGAGAAACAAGUAUCAUAUUAAAAUAUUUCAUAGAGUUUUAAUUAAUGUAGGCAUUAAGUGAACCAGUUUUCCUUUUUCUUAAAGAACUAUAAUAUAAUUUAGUUUAAUUGAAGCAGUUAGAUUGGUUUGUACUUAAUUUUAUCUGAAAUAUUUUUAAAACUUACAUAUCUUGGAAAGAUUGACUAGGCUGCCAGGGUCAAAAGAUUGUAUACUCCUGAAUACCUUCUAAAUGUAAUCUGAAGAAAAUAGCAUUAUAGUCAGUGAAAUUGUGUUUUUUACACAUAAGUUGUUUUUUAUUUUUUAAGCUUGUCAUCAUGCUUUUAAGAUGAUAUAAAAUUUAACUUGAAUUUCUAUUAAAUAUAAUUGGUUUAUUUAAAACUUGUCAGUGACCAUGCUAAUGCUAAACAUGAAAACAUUAAAAAUGUUGGGUAUAGCAUUUAAAUGUAAUUGAAAAUCAAGCUUUACAUUUCAAUUUGUUGAGUUAAUGUUAAUAUUUACAGGUCAAAUAUAAAAUUGUACCAUUUCCAUGCAUUUACAAUGAAGUAUUUCAUUUAAAAUGUGUUGCCCUUUAAUAUUUGAUAGACUAACUGGCUGUUGUGAUAAAUUUAAACGCUAUAAAUCAUAUAAAUAAAGAGCACAUUAUAAAAAUGUAGUUUAAUUAAAGAAAGAUCUUAAUUUAUGGUGUUUCUUUCUGUUACGGUAAUUUGUACAAACUGGGUUUUCUGUUCCUAGAUUUCAAGCCUCACCCUUUUCUUUAUCCUCUUGUACUUCAGUAGAUAUCUAAUUUUUUGGGAAACAUAUUUUUAAGUGUGCCCGGUGUAUUUUAUGCCUCUCUGGUUAAAGUUAUUUCCAACAUUUCGCAUUGUGGCACUCAAAAGGUACCAAUAGCUUUGGUCAGAAGUAGACAAAUAACAGGACAUCCGAUCGCCUGUACAUUUUUACAGUAUAAAAUAUUGUCUUUUCUGAAAUUAAGGUUAGCUGUUUUGUAUUCUACAUUUCUAAAUGUAAUUGGUAGCAUUCAAAGUUAACUAAAGUAACUUUCAUAAAAUUUUGAAAGUCAGUAGCUUGAAUGCAUUAAAUUACUGUCCGUACCAUGGUUUAGCUGUAGAUUGUAUUAAUCGAUAUCCCUCAGCUACCCAAAUUUAAUUUUCCACUGAUGUAAACUAACACCGCACUACCCACAAGUUUAGUCUGAAAUAUGUUGUACAUGUAAUACAUUGACGUUAUCUUUAAGUAAUGUAAUGUUUUAUCAAAAAUAAAUUUGCUAAAUUGUAUAGGAUACGAGAGAUGGUUUUUAAUUUAUUGCUCUUAUAAGAUGCAUCUUGUCUUUGGUUUUUCAAAUUUAACAAUAAAAUAUGUUCAUGUUC